UUUUUUAUUUAUUUUAGUGUAGUAAAGGUGUUUUUGAUCAAAUAUACAGUAUAAUAUGAAUGGUUUUCAGGAGCUGCUGCUUCUUUAAAAACAAGUAUUGCAUAUUUUUUUCUUUCACCAGGUAGCUUGAUUAUGCCAUCUAAACACCAAGAUCCAGCCCCGUCCUUCUCCCCAGUCCUCUUCAUGACUGUGGAUGCUGAGCCCAUGAAGUUUUUUUUGCGACCAGGUCCUGUCAAACAAAAGCUCCAGCCUCUCAUCACAGCUGGAGGAGGGGAGAUGUGCAGGGUUCAGCAGCCAGGAGUCAUCCUGCUGAUUGAUCCUCAGGAAAAGUGCUCUGUUCCUGAAUCUUCUUCUCAUUGGUUUGUGUCCACCCAGUACAUCUAUGACUGCAUUGAGAAGGAGGAACAGCUGAAUUUAGAAGAUUAUAGGUUCAAUCCUGAAGUGGUCCAGAGACACUCUCCCAGACUCAACAGUAGCAAAGAAAUUGCUGCUGGACUCUCAGGAGGCAGGCUUGCCUACACCUCUAAAGACGAUGCUGCCAUUUUGGAUUUUGUCAGCACGCAGAAGAAAAGGACUGGGGGUAACCAACUUUGGCAAGAGAUGGAGAAACAGCAUGUGACCAGUCACAGCUGGCAGUCGAUGAAGUCCCGAUAUAAAAACCUACUGGCAACAAAACAACCAGUGAUUGUGGAGAAAAAGACAGACAAGGUAAGAAACCAUUAUGAGGUUGAGUCAGCAAAUCAAGAGUGUGAUGUUGAAAAAUCAUCUUGUGAAGCAGAUGCUGCUCCUGCUCAGACACAUUCAGCAGAUUCCAACCCAACACAGAUUGUUCUUAAGUCUGUACCUGCAGGAUGCUCACCUAUAAUUGAAGAUGCUCAGACAGCUGGCCUUAUUGGAGGGGAAGAGAAAAAGGAUCAAGAGUCAGACGAACAAGCAGACAAAAAUUUGCAAUCAAAAACUGUAGAAGUUGAACCAUCUCACUCCUCACACACUGAGAGUGAAAGCCUACAGACAAGUAUCCAACUCGGAACAGCUGAGAUCACAGAACCAGGAAGAGAUGGAUCUGAAAAAAACAUCUCUCCACAGAAACAAAGUUUGCCUGGAAACUCCCCUUUAAUUCAGGCUAAGUCCACCCCCAAAAAAACUUCUUCACAAAAACUCUUUGAAAACCUGAACGACUUCCCCAAACCAGAACAACCACAGCGACGAUUAACUCGCAGGAAGCUUGAGGUUGAGACAUUGUCCCUCGAGAUAUACGGAAAAAAACUCAGAUCAUUCUCAAGUGGCACUGAGCAGUCCCCAUCAUCCACACAGGUCUCGAAGAAAACUAAAUCACCAGUGAAGUCUGUUCAUCAUGACGUGUCACCUGAACAACCACCUCCAAAAAGAGCCAGAGGAAAGACGAUGGCAGCAGAAGCAGAGAGUCCGCCGGAGCAGAGUGGACAUGAUACCAACGCUAAAGCAAUACAAGCUGAUGAGUCUAAUUCAGCACCACAAAAAAUGGAGAAGAAGAAAGAGAAAAGGCAGCUGGGUAUUCUUGAACUGGCAACGAAGGAGUUUGAAGAUGAAUCUGAGUGUGAUGAAGAUGAAGCUCCAGAGCUCCAACACUGUUCUGAAACAGCAGCUGCGUUGACAGAAUCUCAACCAAAACUUUCAGCCACAACUGGAGAACCUACUUCUGCACAAUCUAACCCUGAAACUGGACCGGGCCCACAGGAGAACCUGCCAGAGUCUCAGGCCUUGAGUGACAACUGUAUACCAGACAAAGACUUCCCCAACGCUGCACCCGCCAUGUUAGCUGGUUCUGAGCCUGUCGCUGCGACCUCAAAGGCCCACCUGUUUAUAUUUGACAAUGAAUCUCAGGAAGAAGACUCUCAGUCUGUUUUUGUGGAUUGUUUGGCCGCUCCAUCCAACCCACAGCCCACAGUGGACAAAGAUGCUGCAUUUUCUCUGACUCAGUCACAGUUAGAGGAAGACAAGCAGCGAAUCAGAGAUCUAAUGAACCAGACAAACCAGGACUUGGUUAGUGUGACCAAAGCCUUGUUAAAGACCAGUGGAGACUUCUCUGCUGCUCUGGACCUGCUCUUGAAUCCUUCCCUUGUAUCCGCACCAAUUUGGAAUCGCUGUGACGACAGUCUUUUGCUCUCAUCAGAUCCUGCUGUUCAUCAGAAGCUGCAGGACAAAUACGGUGAGGAGAGCGUGGCCAAGAGAAUCGUGUUUCUUGAGGUAGAAGGGUGAAAGUAGUACCGAUGG